GUAUAAGACAAAGCUAGAAAACCAUUUCUAAAUCCACAUUAUGUUUGUGCAAUAGAAAGAGCUUAAAAAAAGGUAGAUGUGAGUGAAAUCUGAAGAAAAAAAAAUGAAACAAGGUGACAUGUUUGCUCAAAUAGGAUCCAUAAUUGCUUCCUUGAUGUUUAUUUGGGCUAUUUUUCAACAAUUUUUUCCCUAUCAACUUAGGAACCAAAUUGAGAAAUACUCACAAAAAUUGGUUACUUUUAUCUACCCUUAUAUCCAAAUCACAUUUCAUGAGUUUACUGGUGAAAGACUCAUGAGAAGUGAAGCCUAUUCUUCCAUAGAGAAUUACCUUAGCACCAAAGCAUCAACACAAGCAAAGAGACUCAAAGGUGACAUAGCUAAGAAUAAUCAAGCACUUGUUCUUAGCAUGGAUGAUCAUGAAGAAGUAGGUGAUGAAUUCAAUGGAGUUAAACUUUGGUGGGCUAGUGGCAAAAAUAUAUCCAAACCAAAUUCAUUUUCACUUCAUCACAACAUAGAUGAAAAAAGGUACUAUAAAUUAACUUUUCAUAAACAUAAUAGAGAUGUGAUUUUAGGUACAUAUCUUAAUUAUGUACUAAAAGAAGGUAAAGCAAUUAAGGUGAAAAAUAGACAAAGGAAACUUUAUACUAAUAGUGGAUCUUAUUGGAGCCAUGUUGUGUUUGAACAUCCUUCAACAUUUGAAACAUUAGCUAUGGAUUUCGAGAAGAAGAAAAUGAUCAUUGAUGAUCUUAUUACAUUUAGUAAAGCUGGUGAAUUCUAUGCAAGAAUUGGAAGGGCUUGGAAAAGAGGUUAUUUACUUUAUGGUCCUCCAGGGACUGGAAAGUCAACAAUGAUUGCUGCCAUGGCAAAUUUGUUAGGCUAUGAUCUUUAUGAUCUUGAAUUGACUGCUGUUAAGGAUAACACUGAGUUGAGGAAGCUUUUGAUUGAGACAUCAAGUAAGUCUAUAAUUGUGAUUGAAGAUAUUGAUUGUUCACUUGAUUUGACUGGUCAAAGGAGGAAGAAAAAGGAGAAAAGGGAAUUAGAAGAUGAAGAGAAGGAUUCAAGGGAGAAAAAAGGUGGAAUUAUGGAGGAAAGAGAUGGAAAAACUAGUAAUGUAACACUUUCUGGACUACUGAAUUUCAUUGAUGGAUUAUGGUCUGCAUGUGGUGGUGAAAGACUUAUUGUUUUCACAACAAAUUAUGUUGAGAAAUUGGAUCCUGCAUUGGUUAGAAAAGGUAGAAUGGAUAAGCAUAUAGAGCUAUCAUAUUGUGGAUUUGAGGCAUUCAAGAUGUUGGCUAAGAAUUAUCUUAAUAUUGAAUCACAUAAUUUGUUUGGCACAAUAUGUGAGUUGUUGAAGGAAGUUGAAAUCACUCCAGCUGAUGUUGCUGAGCAUUUGAUGCCAAAGACUGCUUCUGGUGAUGCAGAAAUUUAUUUGAAAAGUUUGAUUCAAGCACUUGAAUUGGCAAAAGAAGAAGCUAGGGUGAAAUCAGUGGAAGAUUCAAAGAAACUAUGAAGCAUCCUUCAAGUAUGAUUUUCAUUGGCAUCAAUGUAUGAUUCAUCAGCCAAAGUAACCAUAUAGUUAGAAACUAGACAUCAACUUGAUGCUAAGUAUAGUAUAUGGAAAUGGAUUGUCUACACUUACACAAUAUCGCAACUAUAGAUUUGAACCGUCUGAUCUUAAAUCCCAACUUUGUAUUUUGGAUUGAUUUACAAAAGUCAGAAAUACAAGUCUUCUAAUCUAAUAGGAUGGAUGAAAUUGUGUAACUGCGCAUGAAUGCAAGACUUUCCCAACUUCCAAAAAUCUAAUUCCAUUGUCUAUCAAGAUAUAGAGAGUAAAGGGGUGUAAUAGUUGAAGAAAAUAGAUAGGACAUGAAUAAUGUGUAUUCAUGUGGUCAAUGAUAAUCUUAGAAAAUUAUGUAACUACAACUAUUUUUUUUACUUAAUUUUCCGAUUAUUAA